AUGUCUAUCAGAUUUGGUCGUAGUGGCAACGGUUAUGACAGCUCAGAAGUCAUGGAGACUGAGGAUGAUGACUGGAGAAAGGUUACAGACUUGAACGAACGCAGAAAAAUCCAGAAUAGAUUGGCCCAAAGGAAUUAUCGCCGCAAACUCCGCCAAAGACUUGAAGAGUUGGAACGUCAAGCUGGAGCUACAAGUAGUACAACAUCAUCCUCAGCUAGCCCAUUAAAGAAAAAGAAGAAGCAAUCUGCUACUGAAACUGGUACUGCAUCUGGAAGGAUUGAGAAGAAAAGUGGGGGAGGACAUCCGGUCAGAGCUACUAAGAUUAGCAACCUGGAGAGUAGACCCUCGAGUCAAGAAGUUACUACAUCGGGUGCCUCAUCACAGUCUACCAGAGCUACUGCUUCCCCCAGAAACAUCUAUACUAUGGGCGAUUUCGGUCCACUAUUUGCAAACCCCGAAGCCAGACAUCAAAGCAUUAGACAGCCUGAGCAACAGCUACCAGCAUGGGGCCCUCAGCCGUAUCCCAACAGCAGCAGCAACAAUCAUAUGAGUAUCUGGCACAGCCUUACUACCAUGCCAAACCAGCUACAUCGCCACCACAAGUCCAAGCAUUCGAGUCCAAUUACCCAUACUUCAUACCGACCCAACGUACACCAGACCCGCAAUAUUAGUGAUGGACACCUGGGCUUCCCUGACCUCCCUCCAACUUAUUCCGCGAGCCCGGCUGUCAACCCCAAUCCAUUUCAUCUGAACGCGCCACUCCCGCGAGACGAUUUCUACCUUACAUUGAACUAUUCCACACUCUUUAACGCUUCCCUCGAGAUUGGCAAAAUCCUACAAAUCUCUGAAAAGACUAUGCUAGACGAUGAUGCUACCUCCCCAUUCAACAGUCCUAGCCCAGUUUUACUUCCAGAAGGAACGGAAGAUUUGAUACCAACGAAGAAGCAACUAGAUAUUGAGCAUCACCCGUAUAUCGAUAUGGUUCCAUUUAAGGGGUUUCGAGAUCGAUUGUUGGAUUGUGUAGCGGAAGGGGAAAAGACGGGAAAUUAUUUUGAUGAAACAAAGCUAUGUCAUGGGAUGUACGAGAGUUGGGGUGUUUGGGGACAGACUCCAUGGGAGGCGAGAAGCUGGGAAAUUGGCGAAGCGUUUGCUAGGAAAUAUUGGUUCCUGAUGGAUGAAGAAAUGAUCAGAUGCACCAACUGGUGGAGGAGACAGAGAGGCAUGAAACCGCUGCACAUGCCGGCGGGGAGGAUUAUCGGUGAAGUUGAAUGA